CUUCUUCUUCUUUUUUUUUUUUUAACAUAUAAUGUAUUAUUUGUUUCAGGGGUAUAGAUGUGGGAAUGCUCAUUUUAAUAAAUGAAACAUGGCUCUUCCCCCUUCUUAAAUUCGUUUCUUUUUCCCUUUUGUUAAAACAAAACAAAACAUCAAUUCUGCCUACUUAAAUUAGAAUGAGUUUUGGCUAGUAUGUUUAGGACUGUAAAGGAAUUCAGCUCAGAAGAGCUGUGUCAUCAACAUCAGUAAGUUAAAAAUUGUUGUGGGUAUUUGGACAAUGCAACCUCUAGUAGUUGGCAAAUAAAUAUUUGUUGAAUGCAUAAAUGAGUGAAUAAUCCAGAUGACAUUCCUGAAAUAGAUCCUUAUUUCUCUCCCCUCUCUCUUCCCACAAUCUUAGUCAAGUAUUUGCUUUUGGUAUCUGCUCUUAACUGUCACUUUUGCUCAAUUAGUUGUUUGUGUGAAACAAAAUUCAACUGAGCUAUUUUGCUAUGGAAAAAAUGAAAACAAAAAAAUAGUGCAAUUUUGAAAUGAAAAUUUAAGUUCCUUUAAAAUUUUUAGUGAAGUAUUAACAAGUUUUGUUUGUUCCAAUUAAUCUGGGCUUCAGUUCUUAAUAAUGAAAGAACAACAUGAAGGCCGGAAUUUAAGAGUGCCUGGCACUAAUUAAUUGGAGGCCAGUACAUUUUCUAUUAAACUGAGUUAACUAAAGCCUUCAUUUAAUAUUAACACCAUGUCUGGCAUUACCCAAUUAUGAUAAACCCCAGCACAGACUCUCAGGCAAAGCUCAGGAAAUUUCUACUAGGGAUUAUUUCCAAAGUGAAAGGUAGCAUGGAGACUUUCGUGACUAACAGCAUCUCACACGUGACUCCGGGAACUUUCUCUAGGACGCCCCACAUUUAUUCUCCUCCAGCCCUAAGAGCCUCCUUAAUACAGGCGUUGAACGUAAAACCGCCGGGCCUUUUCUGCAGUUUAAAUUUCCCGGGGUCAAAAUACCCGGAUGAAAACAGAUGUCAGAUUGAUAAGGACUUUAUCCAAUAGCGUUGUACAGAGGCGUAUCCUUACACGGACGCUCCAAUCGGCACGCAGAGAGUCGGCGUCUCCAAGGUGAACGCGGAAGUAAGCACGCCCCCAUGGAAUCGCUCCUGCAACACCUGGAGCGCUUCUCUGAGCUUCUGGCCGUCUCCCGCACGACCCACGUCAGCCCGUGGGACCCCGCGACAGUGCGCCGGGCCUUGCAGUGGGCUCGCUACCUGCGCCACGUCCACAGUCGCUUUGGCCGCCAUGUCCGCAUUCGCACGGCUCUGGAACGGCGGCUGCAAAAGCGGUGGAGACAGGAGGGCACCUCUGGGUCCUUUCCAGUCCCCGGGUUGACGAACUUCCAGGCCCUGGGCCGCUGCGACCUCCUGCUGUCUCUGCGCCUGCUGGAAAACCGGGCCCUCGGGGAUGCCGCCUAUCACUACCUGCUGCAGCAGCUCUUUCCGGGCCCUGGCGUCCCGGACGCCGACGAGGAGACGCUUCAAGGCAGCCUGGUUCGCCUCGCCCGCCGCCGCUCCGCCGUCCACAUGCUGCGUUUCACCGGCUACGGAGAGAACUCGGUGCUUGAGGACUCAGUGCUGAAGACCCAGGCGGAGCUUCUGCUGCAGCGUCUGCGGGAGGUGCCGAAGGCCGAAGGCGAGGGCCCCAGCAGGUUUCUCAGCGCUCUGUGGGACCGCUUGCCUCAGAACAACUUUCUGAAGGUGAUAGCGGCCGCGCUGUUGCUUCCCCCGUCGUCUCCCCGGCCCCAAGGAGAAGAGUUGGAGCUGGGCACCCCCAAAACGCCCGGACAGGGGGGUCAGGAGCUGGUCCGUUGGCUUUUGGCGAAGUCAGAUGUCAUGGCUGCCUUUUGCCACAACCUCCCAGUCGGGCUUCUAACUUCGGUGGCAGGCCGCCAUCCAGAGCUCUCCCGGGCCUACCUGGGUCUGCUUACAGACUGGGGUCGGCAUCUGCGCUACGACCUUGAGAAAGGCACUUGGGUUGGAGCUGAGUCCCAACACGCGUCCUGGGAGGAGUUGUACGGCAGGUUUCAAAGCCUCUGUCAGGCCCCUCCACCUCUCAAAGAUGAAGUGCUAACUGCCCUGGAGUCCUGUAAGGCGCAAGAUGGAGAUUUCCAAGUCCCUGGUCUCAGCAUCUGGACAGACCUGUUGUUAGCUCUUGGGAGGGGGUCAUGAUAGUGCAGUUGGGGGAAAAAAAAGUUUUAGGUCUCAGCCCAGGCCCCAGUUCACUAUGGGCAGCGUUCUGUUAUUAUUUGUAUGUAUAGUUUACAAAAUUAAAAUUCCAGUGCUUGCUCCAGA